UUAUGCAUAGUUCUUUCCGGAUGUCGAUGCGGACGAUCGGCUCCGACAAGAGCAUUGACGAAAUAAAGAUACAAGGUUAUAAGUUAAGCUUUGAUCCUUUCUUCUUUACAAUCUCAAGCUCAACAUAAACAUCAUUCUUACACUCUACUCUACAUAAAAGACCAACAUACAAAAAUUCACCAUGCUUCUCAAGUCUGUCCUCCUCACCCUCGCCAUAUCUCUCGCCUCAGCGCAGAGCGAAGUCGGCCGCCCCUGUGGCUUCAAAAUUGCUCCCUGCCCCUUCGACAUGAAGUGCGUCGCCGACAAUCCGUACUGCCCUGAGCUCAACAAAUGCCCCGGCCACUGCGAGUUCAAGAACAAGUACGCCUCGUGCGGCGGCUUCACCCCGACACCGCACAACUGCGACCGCAAUCACGUGUGCCAGGAUGACCCUCGGCUGCCGCCAAACUGCGGCAUGGCUUGUGAUAUUCCGGGAAUUUGUGUUCCGAAGACGGCUGAGUUUUGUGGAGGAUUUGCGGGUUUUGCUUGUCCUGCGGGAAAGUAUUGUUAUGAUGUGCUGGAUGAUUGUGAUCCUGAGAACGGCGGUGCGGAUUGCGGUGGUAUUUGUUUGUAGAGAAAGUCAACAAUUCUUCAAGGAAUAGUAAAUUGCAAUAUCAUUCGCAUCUCGAUUCUAUCGUUGUGAAGACUGGAAGGUAGUUAUAUAAUGAUAACCAAGAACGUUGCUCUUCUAGAUCGAA